AUGUAAUUCAAACCAGCACCAUCUAAUCUCAACCAAAUUAGAGCUUAAAAGGUAAAAUUCGAUGAUAAAGAAUUAACUUUUUUAAAAAAAGAAAAAAAGCUUGAACAAAAAAUUACAGAACUGAUGCAAGAAUUACAAUAGAUUCCAACAUUGCAACAAUAAAUAAAAACAUUAAAUGAAUAAUUUUAAAAAUAGGAGAACACUAUCUAGCACUUCAGACUUGCGUAAAAUAACGAAAGAAUAUUAAAUGAGAGAAUACAGAAUAAAGAAAUCACUAUAUAAAAUCAAGAACAUGAAAUUCAAUAAUUAAAUAAAAAAAUUGAUUAGCUCCAAAAAGAUGUUUGCUAUGAGAAGCAAAAUAAAUAAAUUACUUAUCAAAUUAAAUAACCUGUUAAAUCUUUGACAGUAUAAUAAGAAUAAGAAAAACCAAUUAGAGUGUAAGAACUUGAAAAAUAACUACUUUAUAAAACAACAGCAGUUCUGAAAGUGCAAGACAAAAAAAGAUAAAUGAAAAAAUAAUUGAAGAAUAAAAUUGAACAAUUAGAACAAGAAUUAAAAGACUACAAAAAUGGUUAUGAAAUUUAUUACGAGUAAAAUGAAUCUUUAUAGGAAUAAUUAAGAAAUACUUCAGCAUUAUGUAUUAUUAUGCAAUUAUUAUAAAGGUGGUCAAUUAACAAGUGAAAAUUAAUCUUUGAAAGAUUAAUUGGAAAUUUUUAAAUGUGUUCCAGCAGAAGAAAGGGAUAAAAAUUAAGACACAAAAUAUAUUAUUGAAAUCUAAAAUUUAAGAAAUAGAAAUUUAUAAUCUCAACAAUAGAUAUCUUAAUUAUAAUAUGAUAUAAGUGAAUUGAAAACAUAAAAUGGAAUUCUAAUUGAAAAACUUAAGACAAUAGAUUCUGUAAAAUAAAAAAAUGAUAAAUUAUAAGGAGAACUUAUGCUUUUAGAAACAGAAAAUGAAAGGUUAAAGAGAAAGAAUCUAAGUGAUUUGGAUCAUAUUGAAUAAUAAAUAGUUCAAAUAAGUUUAAAGGAAUAAUAAAUAAAAGAUAAAAACUAUGAAUUAGAAUUAAAGUAAAUAAACUUACAUUAAAUGAUAAAAUAUACAAAUGGUAUGAAAGAGGAAAAUGAAUAAUUAAAUGCUGAAAUAGUCAUUUUAAAAUCUUAGAUUUUAGAUUUAAGAAGAUAAUUUGAAUUUGUGGAAGAAAAACACGAAGAGGAAAUGAGAAUUUUAGAAGAAAAAUUAAAAUUAUUAUAAACUUAAACAAAUUUUAGAAUAAUUAAUUAAAUCCCAGUUUAAAUAAAUUCACCAUAUUAGAUACCUUAAAUCGAGCGUCAUUAUUUAUGA